GCAAGUGCUUGACUUCAUCAUUGUUAAAGAUCUGUCUGUAUACGAGUGGACGAUACGUCGAGUCAUAUGAACGGAUCGGCUGAGUCCUCUUUCUGCAUCUUGGGCACUUCGCGCUUGAGGAGGUCUAAAAGGGACGCGUUGCCGCCGCACCGUGUCGCCAUGGCAACACUUCGUUGCAUUCGAAUGGCCAGGUACUUUUCCCGCAGCUCCUUUUUCAGACACGUCAUCUUGCGCUUGUGUCGCGUGCGGUGGAGUUGCGCGCGGAGGUCUGUGAUCAACGCCGUUUGCAUGGCCCGCUCGUGGGCAAGCAACAUCACGACUUGUCUCUCGUGGUGGAGUUGGUCCUCGACAAGUUGCAAUUCGUGGUGGCGCGCGCUUCGCUCCGUCAUGAGCUGCAUUUCCAAGUCCAUGCGGUGGAUUUCCCACCGCAUUUGGGCGGCCUGAAGCUCCCUCACCUGGCACUGCAGAUCAAGACACCGCCCUUCGACAUCCUCGUCCACGUCCCACUCACGCAGCGGCUGCACCCACACAUAUUCGUCCUCCAUUCGAUCGUCGUCCCGUUGCCUUGAUUUGUGCGAGGCCG